AUGUCCCGAUCCCAAACCAAAGACCAACCAGCACCCCUCGACCCAAUCUCCGAAUGGCGCGCCUGGCAAGCCCUCAGCAUAAUUUACACAGUCCUGCUAAACCGCCAAAUCCAGCGCCGCUGGCUCCUCGAACAACAAUGCAUGGCCGACUGUCCCAUCACCCAGCGUUUCCGACCACUUCUCUUCCUCGAGCCCAUUCCAACCUUGCACAGGCCAGUCCCCGGCCCCAUCACCACCCCAUCAUCCAAAUGCAUUUCACCCAAAUGCAACCCCAACCAAGCCUACAACCCCUACAACGCAGCAACCCUAGCCAUCCUCCGCGAAAAAGUUCACCUUCUCCGCGCACGAGUGGAAAAGGGAAAAGAGUUGGCCUCUGAGAUCGAACGCCGCAUGGUUUCUCCUCGCAUUAGGUUCCCGACACAUUUCUGCUAUACGUGUGUUGGGGACGAGGGUGUCGAGGUUCUCUUGACGAAAUGUGGUCAUCGCGUUUUUUGUGGCGAGGUCUCCGCUUGGGCCGUUGAGGUCUUGUUCGGAGGAGGUUUCAGCUACUGUUUCUAA